AUAGAUUGGAAGAGAUUGGAAGAAAAGGCAACGAAAGAAGCGAUAGAACGCGUUCCGCUAAGCAUUAAAUAAAAGCCGUUAAAUUAGAAUCGGAGAUUUAAGCUGGAGGAGGAUAUUCUGAAAUCCCAUCCAAUCGAAGGCUGUGAAGUGUGUGAUGCACUCUAUCCUUCUUUCUCUUGAACCCAUAAUUCCAUGACUCGGCGUUGCUCCCACUGCAGCAACAACGGCCACAAUUCCCGGACAUGCCCUUCGCGUGGGGGCGGAGGUGUGAAGCUUUUCGGGGUCAGGCUGACGGAUGGAUCAAUCAUUAAGAAGAGCGCCAGCAUGGGCAACCUAAACCUCUCCUCCGCCGCCGCACAUCACCAAUUCCAUUCAUCUCCUUCUUCUUCCAACCUCGCCGCCGCCCCCUCAUCCCCCAAUCCAAGCUCCCCAUGCUCCGACCCUCCCCAAGGUUACUUGUCCGAUGACCCCGCCCAUGUCUCCACCUUCGCUAACCGCCGCGGUGAUAGAAAAAAAGGUGUUCCAUGGACUGAAGAAGAACAUCGGCUGUUCUUAAUUGGUCUCCAGAAGCUAGGCAAAGGAGACUGGCGUGGGAUAGCACGCAAUUUUGUUGUAUCAAGGACCCCUACUCAAGUAGCAAGUCAUGCCCAGAAGUAUUUUAUCCGGCAGAGUCAUGCUACCAGGAGAAAGAGACGUUCCAGUCUUUUUGACAUGGUUCCAGAUAUGUCUUCAGAUCAACCUUCUGUGCCAGAAGAACAAGUGUUGCUUCCACCUUCCCAGAACUCACAACCUUGCAAUGGAAAAUCACAGCCUUCAUUAAAUCUCUCCCUCAAAUCAGAAUUUGAACCCAUGGAGACUACUUCUCAAGAAAAUGCGCAACAGACCAAUGAAACUAUGAUGGGAUCAAUCGGACUGACACCAAUGGCUCCUCAUGGAUUCUUUCCUGCAUAUUUACCUGUUCCAUUUCCCAUGUGGCCAUCAACUGUGGCUCCCCCGUUUGAAGAAGUUAAGGGAGGAGAGACAUCCCACCAUCAGAUCCACAAGCCAAUCCCAGUCAUUCCCAAGGAACCUGUUAAUGUUGACGAACUUGUGGGAAUGUCUCAUCUAAGCAUUGGGGAAGCAAAGGUACGUGAUAGAGAGCCUUCCCCUCUUUCCUUAAAGUUGUUAGGAGAGCCCUCAAGGCAGUCAGCAUUCCAUGCAAAUGCUCCAGUUGGUACUUCGGAUUUAAACAAUGGCAAGGACAACGCAAUUCAAGCUGUCUGAGCUUGUAAGGUCCGGUGAAGACAGCAGCAGAAUUAAGCCUUCUUUUGGUCAUUUUUCAUUUGUACUAUCAUAUAUAAUUUUGUUUUCCUGAUCCCUAGCAUUUUAAUCUUCCAAUUAGUAGCAAGUUAUAUGGUGGUACGUAGAUCAGGUUAGAUCAAUUCUUGGAAAAUACUUAUUCUAACUGUAAACAAAUGAAGCUUAAAUAAAGAGGUUCUGUUCCUCUAGGUUUGGUUAUUUUUAGAGUCAUUUUGGAUAUUGCUAUUUUUAUUUUUUAUAAAUACCUACCGCAGUUAAAAUUCA